AUGUUCUGUAUUUUUAUCUUUUUUUUCUUGCAUAUUACCUAUUUUAUGUGUGACUUUACUCACAAUGAGUGCUAUGAAAUGAUCAUGGAAGACUUUUACCAUAAAGGAGAUGUGACAAUUGGUGCAUUUUUCCCUCUUCAUUAUUUCUACACAGAUAACAACAUUCCCCAUAAAUAUGUACCAAAUGCUUUCCAGGACUUUCACAUCAAGUAUAAUUUUAAGAACUACCAGUUUGUUCUGGCCCUUCUUUUUGCUAUUGAAGAGAUAAACAGAAACCCUCAUCUUCUACCCAACACAACUCUGGGCUUUGAUCUCUACAAUAUCUCAUUUACUGAAAAGAGUGUUCUUCUUGGUGCCUUUGUUUGGCUCACAAGAAAAAGAAUUCCCCUAGCUAAUUAUGACUGUGGAAAGAAGAGAAUGUCACCUGUUGCACUCACAGGAACAUCAUGGGCAACUUCUGCCCAUAUUGGGUCACUGCUACAACUCUACAAAAUACCACAGCUCACUUUUGGGUCUUUUGAUUCUACCUUGAAUGACCGAAGUCAGUUUAAUUCUCUCUAUCAGAUGGCUCCCAAAGAUACAUCCCUGUCACAUGCAAUUGUGUCUUUAAUGGUUCAUUUCAGCUGGUCCUGGGUUGGUCUGAUCCUCCCAGAUGACCACAGAGGGACUCAGAUCCUGUCAGACUUGAGAGAAGAUAUGGAAAGAAACAGUAUUUGCAUAUCCUUUUUGAAAAUUAUCUCUGGAUCUUGGAAUUCAUAUUCCAAUGCAGUAUGGAAAGAUAUAGGGAAGAUUCUGGACUCAUCCGCAAAUGUGAUAAUUAUUUACGGGGACAUUGUUUCUUUACAAGGCUUAAUGCGACACAUUGCACAGCUAUUAGUGACAUGGAAAGUCUGGGUCUUGAACUCUUCAUGGGAUGUUGGCAGCAAUUCUGAUUAUUUCAUGGUAGAGUCAUUUCAUGGGAGUCUCAUAUUUUCACAUCACUAUGUAGAGAUGGCUGAGUUCAAUAAUUUUAUUCAAACAGUUAAUCCCUACAAAUACCCAGAAGACAAUUAUCUUCCUAAGUUUUGGUACUUGUUCUUCAACUGUUCAUUUUCUGAGCCUGAUUGUCAACUUUUGGGAAACUGUCAACCUAAUGCUUCUAUAGAGUUACUACCCAAAUACAUUUUUGACCCAUCAAUGAGUGAAGAGGGCUACAAUAUAUAUAAUGCUGUAUAUGCUGUGGCCUACAGUCUGCAUGAACUGAGUCUUCAACAAAUACACACACAACCAUAUGCUAAUGGAGAAGACAUGAUAUUCUUCCCCUGGCAGUUCCUCCCUUUCCUAAAGAACACUCUACUGAGAUAUAAUGUGAGAGGCCACAUAGUAAUGGAUGGGAGAAAAAAUCUGGAUUCAGAGUAUGACAUUCUCAAUUUUUGGAAUUUUCCAAAGGGUCUAGCAUUAAAGGUGAAAGUAGGAACCUUUUCUCCAAAUGCUCCUCAUGGUCAACAGUUAUAUUUAUCUGAACAAAUCAUACAGUGGCCUACAAGAUUUACAAAGAUUCCUCAGUCUGUAUGCAGUGAGAGUUGUAGACCUGGAUUCAGGAGAGCUGUCCAGGAAGGCAAAGCUGUGUGCUGCUUUGAUUGCAUUCCUUGUUCAGACAAUGAGAUUUCUAAUGAAACAGAUACAGAUCACUGUGUGAAGUGUCCAGAAAGUCACUAUGCAAACUUGGAUAAGAACCACUGCCUCCAGAAAACUGUGAGCUUUUUGGCCUAUGAAGACCCUUUGGGCAUGGCUCUCACUAUCACAGCUCUGGGCUUCUCUGUACUCACAGCUGUAGUUCUUGUAAUCUUUGUGAAACACAAAGAUAUACCUAUUGUCAAAGCCAAUAAUCGGGCUCUCAGCUACAUCCUGCUACUGACACUCAUCAUCUGUUUCCUCAGUUCCUUGCUCUUCAUUGGCCAGCCCAACACAGCCUCAUGCAUCUUGCAGCAGAUAGCAUUUGGAAUUUUGUUCACUGUUGCUCUUUCCACAGUAUUAGCCAAAGCUAUUACUGUGGUUAUUGCAUUCAAGGUCACUGUUCCAGAUAGAAUAGUGAGGUGGUUAAUUGUAUCAAGGGCCCUUAAUUUCAUCAUACCCAUCUGCACAUUGAUCCAACUUGUUAUCUGUGGAAUCUGGCUGGUCACCUCUCCACCCUUCAUUGAUCGAGACACUCAUGCUGAACAUGGCCACAUCAUCAUUGUGUGCAACAAAGGGUCAGCAGUUGCCUUCCACUGUGUCCUGGGAUACCUCUGCUUCUUGGCACUUGGGAGCUACACCACGGCCUUCUUGUCCAGGAAUCUUCCUGACACAUUCAAUGAAGCCAAGUUCCUGUCGUUCAGCAUGCAGGUGUUCUUCUGUGUCUGGAUCACAUUCCUUCCUGUUUACCAUAGCACAAAAGGGAAGGUCAUGGUCGCUAUGGAAGUCUUCUCCAUUUUAGCCUCCAGUACAGCGCUCCUUGGCUUGAUCUUUGUUCCCAAGUGCUACAUUAUUUUGUUAAGGCCAGAUAAGAACUCCUGUCUUCACAUAAGGUGGAAAAGCCAUUCACUAAGAAAUAAUCAUUUAUAA